CCCCCGCCCCAGGAACCGAAAAUGCCGAAGCCAAUCAAUGUCCGGGUUACCACCAUGGAUGCGGAGCUCGAGUUCUCCAUCCAGCCAAACACCACGGGAAAGCAGCUUUUUGAUCAGGUGGUUAAGACAAUUGGCCUCCGGGAAGUGUGGUACUUUGGCCUCCAGUAUGUGGACAAUAAAGGAUUUCCGACCUGGUUGAAACUUGAUAAAAAGGUGUCUGCGCAGGAGGUCAGGAAAGAGAACCCCCUUCAGUUCAAGUUCCGGGCCAAGUUCUACCCAGAAGACGUGUCUGAGGAACUCAUCCAGGACAUCACGCAGAAGCUGUUCUUCCUGCAGGUGAAGGAGGGGAUCCUUAGUGAUGAGAUCUACUGUCCCCCUGAGACGGCUGUGCUCCUGGGGUCCUAUGCUGUGCAGGCCAAGUUCGGAGAUUUCAACAAGGAAGUGCACAAGUCUGGGUACCUCAGCUCUGAGCGGCUGAUCCCACAGAGAGUCAUGGAUCAGCACAAACUCACAAGGGACCAGUGGGAGGAGCGGAUCCAAGUGUGGCAUGCAGAACACCGAGGGAUGCUCAAAGAUAAUGCUAUGCUGGAGUACCUGAAGAUUGCUCAGGACCUGGAGAUGUAUGGAAUCAAUUAUUUUGAGAUCAAAAAUAAGAAAGGAACAGACCUUUGGCUUGGAGUUGAUGCCCUUGGAUUAAAUAUUUAUGAGAAAGACGAUAAGUUGACCCCAAAGAUUGGCUUUCCGUGGAGUGAAAUCAGGAACAUCUCUUUCAACGACAAAAAGUUUGUCAUUAAGCCCAUCGACAAGAAAGCACCUGACUUUGUGUUCUAUGCCCCACGCCUGAGAAUUAACAAGCGGAUCCUGCAGCUCUGCAUGGGGAACCAUGAGCUGUACAUGCGCCGAAGGAAGCCCGACACCAUUGAGGUGCAGCAGAUGAAGGCCCAGGCACGGGAGGAGAAGCAUCAGAAGCAACUGGAGCGGCAGCAGCUAGAGACCGAGAAGAAGAGAAGAGAGACUGUCGAGAGGGAGAAGGAACAGAUGCUGCGGGAGAAGGAGGAGCUGAUGCUGCGGCUGCAGGACUAUGAGGAGAAGACCAAGAAGGCUGAGAAAGAACUCUCCGACCAGAUCCAGAGAGCCCUCCAGCUGGAGGACGAGAGGAAGCGAGCCCAGGAGGAGGCUGAGCGCCUGGAGGCCGACCGUGUAGCUGCACUUCGGGCCAAGGAGGAGCUGGAGAGACAGGCGGUGGAUCAGAUAAAGAGCCAGGAGCAGCUGGCUACGGAACUUGCAGAGUACACUGCCAAGAUCGCCCUCCUGGAGGAGGCACGGCGGCGCAAGGAGGACGAGGUAGAGGAGUGGCAGCACAGGGCCAAAGAAGCCCAGGACGACCUGGUGAAGACCAAGGAGGAGCUGCACCUGGUGAUGACGGCCCCACCGCCCCCACCACCGCCUGUGUAUGAGCCUGCGAGUUACCACGUGCAGGAGAACCUGCAGGAGGAGGGUGCGGAGCCCGUGGGCUACAGCGCAGAGCUCUCCAGUGAGGGCAUCCUAGACGACCGCAACGAGGAGAAGCGCAUCACCGAGGCCGAGAAGAAUGAGCGUGUGCAGCGGCAGCUGCUGACUCUGAGCAACGAGUUGUCACAGGCCAGAGAUGAGAACAAGAGGACCCACAAUGACAUCAUCCACAAUGAGAACAUGAGGCAAGGCCGGGACAAGUACAAGACCCUGCGCCAGAUCCGGCAGGGCAACACCAAGCAGCGCAUUGAUGAGUUCGAGGCCAUGUAGAGGCCCGGGCAAUGCAGAGGGCGCCUGGCAGCAGGGCUCUGCCUGAGGGUCUGGGCAGCCUCGGCACACUGGCUCUUUAGUGCGCUAAACCCAGAAAUCCCUCACCAUGUUCAGGUCCCUUAAAGCAGUUACCCAGUGGAAGUACUUGGCCAGGCGCACCCUGGUUAUUUUUCCCGGCUGUAUCAUAGUGCCAAACAGGCCUGAUUUUUAUAAUUAUCAAAUCAUUUCCUGUUGUAUGCUUGGAGCAGGACUGAUGGAGUUAAGAUGCCUGUAAAAUCCAAGUAAACUUCACACUGGCCUAUGUGAUGCGAGGUUCAGUAUCAUUAAACCACAUUGCGGCUUACAUCUGUGCCAUACUUCUACUUCUGAAAUGAGCUUACACUGAUUUGAUUUCUAUGAAGGAUCCAUCUUUGUAUAUUUACAUGUUUUGAGGGGUGAAAAAUUAAGUCUAAACUAAAGCCCUCUUCCACAUGCAGUGAUUUCCUUCCUCCGACUUUCUGUUCAGCUGGCAGAGAUCUGCCAUGGUCAUGGAUGAUACAGGAGGACUCCAAUAAAUAAACUUUUGGUUUUUUGCUUAAACAGUUAGAAUACAUUGUUGGACUUAACACCUAACUAAUAAUCAGCUCUAGAGUAUAGUAUUUAUAUGUAAGUGAUAAUAUGGGUUUGUAACAUUAGUUUUAAAAAGGGAAAGUUUUGUUCUGUAUAUUUUGUUACCUUUUACAGAAUAAAAUUACAUAUUAAAAACCACA